AUGGUGCAAAUCUUUUCUCAAACAUUUUCAAAGUGUGAUAGUAUAGAUAACAACAUGGCAAAGAGUUUCAAUUCUUUGAUCUUGGGACCUAGGAACAAGACCAUUGUAACUAUGUUGGAAGAAAUUAGAGUUAAGGUGAUGAGUAGGGUGAGUAAGUCAAGAGAAUUUCCUGAAACAUGGACAGAUGUAAUAUUUCUAAUGGCAAUGAUGGUAUACAAUACCAAUGUAACAAGAUCAAUGCAGGACAACAUUGAAUGGAAUAAUGAUGUUGGAUUUGAAGUGUUAGAAGGAGAAUACAAGAAUAUCGUAAACUUGGGUCACCAAAAAUGUAGUUGCAGAUUAUGGGAAUUAAAAGGUUUCCCAUGUGCACAUAGUAUAGCAGCAAUGAACCACUUGAACAUGAAUGCAUCACAAGCAAUCUCUAGCUGGUAUAGAAAAGAGACAUAUAUGAAGACAUAUUCUCAUUUCAUUCAACUAUUCUCAAACAUGAAAAUGUGGCCUGAAAUCAGAAACUCAAUGGUUGAACCACCUGAGGCAAGACAAAUGUCUGGUAGGCCACCAAAGAACAGAAGAAGAGAAAUUGGUGAAGUGAGAAAAGCUGGAAAGUUGUCAAGAAUGGGACAAAUAAUGACAUGUUCUAUUUUCAAAGGACCAAAUCAUAACAAGAGAAUUUGUCCAAACAAAUCCUAA